AUGACACCAAACAGAAAACGCGGCCGUCACAGCCUAGAAGAUGAGACUGAAUUCAUGCCAUUGUCAAAACGAAUCAACAACCUUCACAUCAACUCAAAUCUGCUCUUGGAGCAUCAAAAAACCGCACCGGAGUCCUGGGGAUUAGGUGUGAAUUGUCCGGACUCACCACCACUGUCUGUUCAUAGUGUUGAGUGGAAUCAGCUGAGCGCAGCUCCCUACAAUCCUGAACUGAAUGAGAGUCAGAAUCCAUAUUAUUAUAAUAAUAACAAGUUGCUCUAUGAGAUUUGGGUUUUAAGUAAUAAUGAACAAUCACAAGAGGAACUUAUUUAA